AUGGUUACUCUAAUUGAUCAACGUUUAAAAGAAUAUAUUUAUUCACAACAAACACAUUUUCGUCAAAAAAUCGAUCAUCAAUUGUCGAAAUUUAAAGAAAAUAUUCAUGCAAAACAAAUCGAUUAUAUUUUAUUCAAUGACAAUCUUACCUCUAAUCAAAAAGCAAUUCUACAUCGAUUAAUGACCAUACAAGAUGAACAAUUACAAUCUUGGAAAGAAUUUCUCAUCUUAGAACAACGUAUUCUCUCGAAAUUUUUACCUGAAAAUUUCGAUGAAUUGGAAAAUUUUAUUACAUCUAAUUUCUAUUCAUCAAUAAUCGAUGAUGUUGAUGAUGAUUCUAUCGUUAAAUAG